CGUCACUUAUAUGACAUCAUGAUGACGUAUUCGCGGACAGCCCGGGAAUGAGAAACAAACGUACUUGUUGUGAAAAAAUUUCGUUGCGUAUUGUCAUUUGUGAAGAGUUAAUAUUUAAGUUAAUCUGAAGUCUAUGUUAUUCCUGUCGGUCGAGAAGAUACAGCUGUAGUUCAAGGAAAGUUUUCCGGUUAUUUUGAAGAAACAUUUUGUACAAUUUAUCGGAAUUUUCUAAGACGUCGUUUGUACUAUUUACUACUGUCAUAUUACGCUCGCCUCUGUUUUGGUCUGUUGUGUUUAUAUUAAAUGUGUCUAAAGAAUUAUUUCGCUUCUUGAACACAAGCAGCCUUUUUGGAAAGAAGGUCUUUUAUAAAAACAAUUUAAUGUUAAAGAAGUCCUCUGUUGUCUAUGUUGUUCUUGGCUAAACACAUCGUUGUACUAAAGUGAAAGUUUAUUGUCAAAAUUACCGCGUAAACAAAGCUAACAAAAGAUAUCUUCAUCGGCAGUGCAAUACUAUGAAGCUGCUAGAAAAUGCCAAGUUUGAGUCUUUGACAAAUAAUUUGUCGCUCCAAGCUAGGGAUGUCAAGAUCGACGGAAGAAUUGAAAGUUACUCAUGCAAAAUGGCUGGCAAUGAUAAAAAGCUCUACAAGCUACUUAAUCAAGAAGGAAACAGUCCAAAUGAUUUGCAAGCACUUUCACCACCACAAACUGGGUUAGGUUCAAGCAGUGUAUCACCAAAGCAUAACGAUUCUUAUACAGCAGAAAUGGCUGAUGCCUGUAGUAGAAAGAUGUUGUUUUAUUUGAUAUCCACGUUAAAUGCUUCAUUUCAACCAGACUAUGAUUUCAGUCAUGCAAAAUCAGAGGAGUUCAGUCGUGAACCAAGUGUUCAGAUGGUUGCUGAAGCUAUUGAUGGCAGUCUUACUGGUAUUCUUGGUGAUACUUAUGCCCAACUAAGAUCUCAACUGUGGGCUGCCAUUGAAGAAGAAAUACAACUGUCAGAGUGCAUUGUUUAUAGCUAUCAUCCUGAUCUAAGUUCAGAUCCUUAUGGAGAAGAAGGAUGUCUAUGGUCAUUUAGUUAUUUCUUUUACAACAAAAAAAUGAGAAGAAUAGUUUUCUUCACAUGCAGAGGAAUGUGUUAUUCUCUCCAGAAUCCUAUGAAUGACGGAAGAUUUAGAGUUUGAAAUGGAUCCUUUGGUUGAGAUGGAAAUCACCCAAAAUAGUUGCAGGCACGCAUCAAUGCCAGUGACUUGAAUGACUGUUUCUACUUUAUCUGAACACAUUCAUUCAUAUACAGUAUAAUCAUGUUUAUUUACUUUCUCUUUAAGUAUGUAUGGGUAUUAUUGUAUUGAAAUGUGGUUCUUGUAGCUGUUUUAGUAAAAUUACUGGUGUAUCAUAUAUCAAUUAUUGUAAAUAAUUUAUGUUAUAUUUAUUUACUAACAUAUUUUAAUCAUUUGUUUAAAGUAGAGUUUUAAGAGACACUAUAGUCAUGUAAAGUUUUUGUUUUAUUAAAAUAAACUACAUAAUUUUA